GAUAUCCCCAAUACCCUCAGCAGGUGAGUUCGGAGUUCCCGGCGGCGUUCCUCACCGACUACACAAGCCCGCUACCUAAACCACAAAAACUAACUCGGUGAUCGGUUACAGUCUUAUGGUCAGCCUCCCCCACAAGGGUAUUACCCCCCGCAAGGUCAAAUGCAAUAUCAACAGCAGCCUCCUCCUCAGCAGAGCGGUGGUGGGGACGGAUGCUUCAAAGGGUGCAUGGCGGCUCUCUGUUGCUGCUUCGUGGGCGCCGAAUGCUGCGAAUGCUGCGCUGACUGCUGCGAAUGCUGCGCUGAGUGCUGUUGAUAUAGUGAGGAUAAGCAUCACGAUCUCGACGGUUGAAGGUGGAUGUUGAUGGAUCUGAACACAAGCCUCUGAGAAUUAUUCUUGGAGCAACACGGGCGCAAUGCAUGCGGAACCCCAUACACAUGCGCACAACAUAGGCACGCCAGUACACAAGAUAGAUGGCCGCAAGCUUCGUCAGCUGGAAUGGCAAAGGCAAAUGCAAUGAGUUGUCUGUUAAUGGACAGGAGCAUCCUCGUUUGAUAGUCAAUCACAUUUUUAGUUAGGAAAAGGGUUAAGGGGCGUUGUGGGUAUGUGCAUACAAGGUAAUAAUUAGCGAUCACCUUGGUUUCUUACUAAGAGGCAUCGGAGGGGAAGGGGAGGCUUGACUUGUAGUUUCACGCUAAUACCUCGACAAUCGUUAUAAUAUAUUUAAAGCUCUUUUAUAGUUUCUAUUAAUUUAUAUUAUUCUUGGAA